AAUCAACGCACAUCCAAUAUAGUAUUUUUCUAUCGGAACUCACAACUAAAUACUAAGUGGACAAUUUUCUAUAAAACAAAUCAUAUUUAUCGUUUUAUGCGACUGUGUUUGAACUAUUUAGCGUUUCAAAAUAUUUGUCUGACGUUGAAUGUGCGGACAACGAACCCGGAUUAACCAUUAAUGACGUGUUCCUGCGACACGUCACUGAAUGCCAACAGCUACGGAAGCGGUGCGGUGUCGAGAUCUACAACGUCGUUGAUCAAGGGUUCAGUGUCUUCAAAAUGGGUGGGUGGUUUUCCAGUCUCUUCUCUGGCUUGUUUGGCACCAGAGAGAUGAGGAUCCUGAUCCUGGGGUUGGACGGAGCCGGUAAAACUACCAUCCUGUACCGCCUGCAGGUCGGAGAGGUGGUCACCACCAUUCCAACAAUCGGCUUCAACGUGGAGACGGUUACGUACAAAAACCUGAAGUUCCAGGUGUGGGAUCUUGGUGGACAGACGAGUAUUAGGCCAUACUGGCGUUGUUACUACUCCAACACAGAUGCUGUCAUCUACGUGGUGGACAGCAGUGACAGAGACAGGAUGGGCAUCUCUAAGUCUGAACUUGUUGCCAUGCUGGAGGAAGAGGAGUUGAAGAAAGCCAUCCUGGUGGUGUUUGCUAACAAGCAGGACAUGGAGCAGGCCAUGACCCCGGCUGAGGUGGCCAACUCCCUGGGCCUCCCCGCCCUCAAAGACCGGAAGUGGCAGAUCUUCAAGACCUCCGCCACCAAGGGCACGGGCCUGGACGAGGCCAUGGAGUGGCUGGUGGAAGCCCUGAAGAGCAGGCAGUAAAGACAGCCCACACCUCUUGUUCUCUGUAAAUACUCCUGACCUCCUGUAUAAAAUAUUUCCUGAUUGGACUGCUCAGGAGGACCAGUGACUGCACUCCUUCCAGGGGCACGUUCAGUACGCAAACGUUGUAGAUAAAAAUGUCAUGAAUAGAGCUGACGUGAUUCCUUACUCUACGUGUCACGUGUGUUUGUUCUACACAACACAUUUCUAUAUGAAGGUCCCACAACGUUGCGCCCUGCUGAAAACAGCCCUGAAGCCUUCACCAUGCCUUCCAGCCUGGGAUAGAGAGGCUGCAAUAUAGUAUACUACCUGGUCCCAAAAUAAUGUUAUCACCCCAGCCCAUAGCCCUGGUGUUUGCAGAUCUGAAGGGAACUAGAUGGGUGUAGGUCAGACCAGGUAAUGUGGUGAUGGCUUCACACAUAAUGAAAAGUAUCUGUUGUGGAGCUUCUGCCGUUUUUGGUGAACCCUUCCGAUCUAUAAACACCCAAGGGAAAGGGGCUUGGGGGUUGGUGUUGGCUCAGGCUCAAUUCUCAGUGGUAAAGAACUGACUGGCCCCUUCAAGGAAGAGGACCUGAGCGAUGACAGACUGACCUAUGGCGAUGUUACUGCAGCUGGUGCUGUUUUUGUAUUGUACUACUCAUGCUGAAUCAUGUCUUUUUUUUUCUCCCUUUUCUAAAACUUCUGUUGGGUGUGUAAUUAAAGUUUGAGGUUGUUAGUUUAGCCCUUCUCAUUGGAAUGCUCAGACUUUAAUCAGAUUGUGUCAGUUGUUGAACACUAACUGCUUAAUUUGUAUGCUACAACUUUUAUUGCAUAUUUAUAGGAGCUUGUACAGUGUAAACAACCCACAGUAAAACUGAUUUCACACUGAA